GCCGAGCAGCGGUCAGCACCGCCGGCCGGCGCCGCGCCGGGCCCCGGGUCGCGCCCUUCCAGCAUGUGCCUGCUGAGGAGCCCGAUCCCCGCGCGCAGCGUGUCAGGACAAUGUGGCAAUGGAGACUGGCACCCUGCGCCUCCGCCUCGCCCCACCUGCCCGGCUGCUGCUGCUGCUUCCUGCUGCUGAUGCUGGUGUCCUCCGUCCCCGUCACCUGCCGCGCCCUCGGCCCGGCCGCGGUGUCGCCGGAGGCCGCCAACGCCUCCUCCUCCUCCUCCGCCUCGUCCUCCUCCUCCUCCUCCUCCUCGUCGUCCUCCUCCUCCUCCUCCUUCUCCCCCCAUGCCAGCGCGGGGCGGCACGUGCGGAGCUACAACCACCUCCAGGGCGACGUGCGCUGGCGGAAGCUGUUCUCCUUCACCAAGUACUUUCUGCGGAUCGAGAGGAACGGCAAGGUCGGCGGCACGAAGAAGGAGAACUGCCCGUACAGUAUCCUGGAGAUAACGUCGGUGGAGAUCGGAGUUGUUGCUGUCAAAGCCAUUAACAGCAAUUAUUACUUAGCCAUGAACAAGAAGGGGAAACUCUACGGCUCGAAGGAGUUUAACAAUGACUGCAAGCUGAAGGAGAGGAUAGAGGAGAAUGGCUACAACACCUAUGCGUCCUUUCACUGGCAGCACAAUGGCCGGCAGAUGUACGUUGCGCUGAAUGGCAAGGGAGCUCCCAGAAGGGGACAGAAGACACGCCGGAAAAACACAUCGGCCCACUUCCUUCCGAUGGUGGUGCACUCCUAGGAGGCAGCGUGUGGACGCCGGCACCGGAGGCUGUUUGCCAGAGUAACGACAGGAACAAGGCGCACUGGACGUGCCUGCUUGCUUCAAAGAAAGGAAGCCUUCAGGAGAUUUUGUACUCGCUGCUGACCUCCGAUGCUCCUUCACCAGCUCUGUGUCACGUGUUGUAACCACGACACAGGCAGAUCACGUGGGACGAAGGUGUUCCCGAGAGAGCGACGUGGCUGGGCUCUUUGGUUGAGUCUUUGAUUUUGAACCUCAGAGAGAACUCAAAGGACAUGAAACGAUCUGUUGAAUGAUCUUCGGGAAAGUUAUUUAUGGAACACGAACUCAUACCAAAAACUUCGGUUGCUCAUUCAAGCCUAAUGACUCAGCGAGCAGCAGGACACGCAGGCAUUUACUGGAAAGCACUUGGGUCGGGCGUCUGCGCAGCCACAGGCGCGCUCAGCGUGGGACGUGGAGAAUCGGGCGGGAGCUACAGCUAUACACGUGUUAGUGUGAAACUGCUCUAACAAUACAAAUAGUAUGAUAUGCUUGUGCAUUCUGCCUUCAUCCUUUUCUAUUUCUUCCUAAGUUAUUUAUUUAAUAGGGUGUUAAAUAUCUUUUGGGGUUGUAAAGAGCACUGUCAGCAGCUGCCCUCUGAUAGAUGUUCUCUUUCUUGAGCACACUACACGCAUGUUCAUGACAAAGUGUUUUUGAAACCUGGCAAACACUUCGAAACUAGGAGAGGAGACUGGGGAGGCAGUCUGAGUGCCCAUGUUCUGUCCGCUGACGUGUUUGCACUUCUGCAGUGAGAACAUCGGGAAUGAAAACGGCAGCGCUCUUGCUCAAGUGAGAGAUGUCUGCGGUCAUUUAGAAACGUGUGUUACUCCUGAAGCUUCCUUUCCUGUGAAAUAGACCAGAAAGUCAAAUUCUUCUCUUUGAAUACCAAUUCACUUCCAAGCAUAUAUUAAACGAAGGAAAAUUACUCGUGAAGUACAUUUUAGUAGCCUACCCUCAUUAUUUACUAAUCACGUCUUGCCCUGUGUCACAGUGGUGAGUGAGGGAACGCUGUCUUCGUAUAAUACGAGAACCCUUUGUGGGUCCCACGUAAAGUAUCUCCCCUAAAGAAACCAAAUUGGACAUGAAGUGCAACUCUCCCAGGACCUAGAGCAAGUAUAUCCUGGUGUAUGUGUAGCAUGUCCAAACUGUAUGAUCUAAUCUUCUCAAAACCAAAUAAGCCUUAUUUUCUAUAAAUUUAAAGAGCUUUAGAGUGUUCUGGGAUGUAACUAUUUCAAAUUUCAUUUUGUUAGAGCAGGUAUAGAAAACAGUGCAUAAGAACUUAAGUUUACCAGUCACCAACACAUUGUAAUCCAUAAAUACAUGCAUAAGUCUUAUUUGCAGUGUCUGUAGUGAUAUAAAAAUGUAGAAAAAUAUUAUUUGUUCUAAAUACAUUAAGUAAUAAGACUAUAUUGAUGCUGCAGUUUUAUCUUCAUAGUUCUUGUUUUGAAAAAGUGUUUAUUUUUCUUGUUUGGACAACAGUAUUUUGGUAUAAGGAAAAGACUCACCAAUUAAGUCUAAACUCUGGAAAGGCUGGUGUUUUCCGACUCUCUUAGAACUCAUUUGUGCUGCUGCCUAAGCAGCACUUCCAGUUGAUUUUUAAGUUAUUUAAAAAUUAGUUUUAUUAAGACAUCUUCCCAUAAAGCAAUCCCGUAAAGGUCACAUUUCAUGAUUCCUUUAAAAAUUGGGCUCUUCAAAAGAAAUACAUGUGAGGCACGGUUGUUUGGCUUAUGGCUAAAUUUGAGUUUCAUAAUACUUUGCUUUCAACUUGCUUUUUGACAAAUAGGUUUCUAAAAGUGUUUGAUUUUCUGUGGUUGGAAUCUGUACCUUAAAUUUUAAUUGGUAACUGAAUCUGAGAAGUAUAAUGUAACGCAUUCCUUUGAAAGUGAGAUAUCUUUUUUCUUUUAUUUUAAUGUAAUAAUUGUACCUGACACAUGAAAAUGGACCACCCACAACCAAAAUUAAAUGUUUGCUGAGACAAAUAUGGUAUUAGAUGACCACAGUAACAGCAAAGAGGGCACCCCUGGGCUCUUGUUUCACAUAGCCACUUAGGUCACCAGCAAGACUGCGUGUAAACAGUCGCCAUUGCAGUGCUCCAGACUCGACUGCUUCCAGCAAAACGAAUCUGAGCUCGCAGAACCCGGAGGUGGGAGGCGCCUCACCCCUCCUCCCCUGCCCUCCUCAGCGCGUGUACCAGUAGGGGUAAAGACAGAAAGAGUUUGUAAGGAGCAGUAAAGUUAUUCUGCAUUGAAAAAAGGCAUUUUGGCUCGCUAAUGAUACAGAAUUCUGGUCCCUUUUGCAACUACUGAAGGAAAAGAAGUUCAAUUUCUGAAUGUUGUAGAUUUAAAAAAAUUAGAGAUUUCGGGGCUUCUGCCUCUGUGGCCCACGGAGUUCCGAAGCAUCAGUGCUGGCUCUGAGGGGAAGCCUCCUGAAGCCAGAGCCGCCGCCGCCUCCUACCUCCCAAAGGCUGAACAGUGUAUAGUAUGUUACGUGUAAAUGAAAAC